AUGGCUGGCUGUCCGAAAGCGCCGCCGUCAGUUGAGAGCAGUCCGGCGCCGGCCCAGAAAUUCGUUAAAUCUUCUACUGCUUCCGCGAAUAAACCAAAACACAAGAUGCCUGGAUCUGGCCGGCAAUCAAGGGCACCUGUCCCUGCAACACCUAGCUCCAACCAAUGCGAGCAGACCACCGCUUCUGUGGACACAGAGUCGGCCGUCGGCGUUCUGAUACAACACUUUCUCGAUGUUAAUGAGAAGCUUCGCAGGCUGGAGAGCGAAACACCGAGCACGGUUCUGCGAUUAUGCCACCCUGAGGUUGUUAUGGAAGACAGGCUGUUUUCGGACUUCCUGAGGGAAUCCAACGAGGAGAUGGCAAAAAAGGAGUGUAAAUACCUAUCGAAACUUCUCGCCUUCGUGGAGAAUACAACACUGAGCGAUGAUCGACAAAAGGACAUCAAAGAGGCCUGCUUGAGAAAAUGGAAAAUUCCAGCCGUUCCGCGGGUACUCGUGCCCUGGCCCCUCUGGCCGCACAAUCAUAUCAGCCUUUUGGACGAAAUCGGUGCCGUAAGUCAAUUCUUUAACUACUACUACUACUACUACCACCACCACCACCCAGGCCACAUCCGCCAAGGAGAAGAAUGA